AUGGGGGGGUGGGGUUUCCUACUCCGAGAUGAUCAAGGGCGUGUGGUGAGCUCAGGGGCAGUGCGAGAAGAUUUCCUACUUGAUGCCUUCCAAGCCGAACUGUUGGGCUGCCUUGCAGGUCUACAGGUGGUCGUGAAAUUGGGGAUUACACGAAUCACCCUUGAAGUGGAUGGUACUCUGGUGAAGGAAGCAAUUGAAACCAAAGCGUAUAGGCUUGCUUUCGUAGGAGUCAUCACAGAGAUCAAACAGAUUAUCAGUGCCAAUCUUAGCUCCUGUAUUGUUUCUGUUUGUAAACAUGAUAGCAAUAGACUCACACAUGCUCUAGCUGCUUUUGGUUGUAAUCCUGCCUCCUACUGCCUUAUCGUGUAG